AGUUAACGACUGAAGAGAGCACAACUGUAACCGCCACAGACAUGACCACAUCAAGUGAGUUAACAACUGAAGAGAGCACAACUGAUGCCACCACCACAAACAUGACCACUGCAAGUGAGUUAACGACUGAAGAGAGCACAACUGUAACCACCACAGACAUGACCACAUCAAGUGAGUUAACAACUGAAGAGAGCACAACUGAUGCCACCACCACAAACAUGACCACUGCAAGUGAGUUAACGACUGAAGAGAGCACAACUGAUGCCACCACCACAAACAUGACCACUGCAAGUGAGUUAACGACUGAAGAGAGCACAACUGAUGCCACCACAGACACUGAUGAAAUCACAUCUACUACAACUAAGCUUUCUACCACAGAGAUAAGCACAGCUGAACCUUUUGUUUCAAACCCUUCAGUUAUUAUCACUGUUCCUGAAAUAGUGCCCGCCAACGAUCUUAUCGAUAUAACAGCGGUCAUUGCCAUCAUCAAUGUGGUGAUCGUUCCAGUUCAGUGUUCCAUGGAGUUUCCUGGGGCUAUCACCUCGAUUGAUUUUUAUGUUACUUUUCUCGAAAAGGUCACGCCAUACUACAGUAACACGGAAGGGUACCAGGGCAUAAAGAUAACUGGUAUCAGACCAGUAAAGAGAAGGCGGCGGAACACCCCAGGCACGAAAGUAUACUACGAAGUCGAGUAUAACUACAAGGAGCUAAGCGAAACCGGCGGUGUGAAGAACGUUUCCAGCCGUCUUGAAAAUGACGUGAAGGCAGGAAAUUUCGCCGUCGAAGGCAUCACAGCCAAACAGGAAUCGCUGAGUUACCCAAGUGAAUCAGAAAUUAGAGCAGCUGCCAUCGAAGCAGUAAUCGAACAGGUUGCUGUAGAUCCAGGUCUGAUUGAAGGCGGGCUGUGUGCCUUCACCAAUUGCUCGAGUGGAUACGAAUGUCAACAAGACGAAACUAGUGGUAACGUUAUCUGUGCAGAACAGUGUACAAACGGUUAUUGUUACAACGAGGGUACCUGUAUUCAUUUGGAGAAAAGAGAUAUUUACUGCAG